CUCACAUCUCUAGAACAUUUUUGUGGCAUUUUUUGUGUGGUGGCGUCUUAUUGUCUUAUUUUUUGACUUUAAUUGAACAAAUCACUGGGAUAGCAAGAUGCUGAGCCGCAAGCGCCGGGCGAGCAGCAUCUCCAGCCGGCAGGACGAGGACCCACUGCAGCUGGACGACUCGACGCCGGAACAGUCGCCGGUGCAGCAGACGACCACACAAUCGGCGCGAAAAAAGCGGCGCCUCGAUCCGUCAGAACUCUGUCAGCAGCUGUACGAUUCGAUCCGAAACAUCAAGAAGGAGGAUGGCUCGAUGCUGUGCGACACUUUCAUCAGGGCUCCAAAACGCCGCCAGGAGCCAUCCUACUAUGACGUAGUAGUGAAUCCCAUCGAUCUGCUCAAGGUGCAGCAGAAACUGAAAACGGAUUCGUACGACGAUCUGGACGACCUGAUGGCCGAUCUGGAGCUGCUUAUCGGAAAUGCCAAGGCAUUUUACAAACCAGACAGCUGCGAGUAUCAGGAUGCCGUCUCUUUGUGGCAGCAUAUCCAGGCGCAGAGGCAGCGUAUCAUGGAGGCCAAUGGCUUGGCGGAGGAAGAGCCGCGUGCCAGGCGCAUGUCGCGACAGGUGCGCCGGAUGACCAGCAGCACGGAACCCGGCGGCGAUGGUGCCGGCGAUGACGAGUACAACCCGUACGAGGAGCUGUUUGCCUCCAUUAUGACCGCCACCGAUCCCGUAGGCGACCGGGCCAUGCACCGCAUGUUCCAGUUGCUGCCCUCGAAGAAGAUCUACCCCGACUACUACGAUGUGAUCGAGCAUCCGAUUGAUCUGCGUCUGAUUGCUACCAAAAUCCAAAUGAACGCCUACUCCUCGUUGGUGGAGAUGGAGCGGGAUCUGCUGCAGAUGACAAAGAACGCGUGCCUGUUCAACGAACCCGGUUCGCAGAUAUACAAGGACGCCAAGGCCCUGAAACGCAUCUUUACGCAGCGGCGUAUCGAGCUGGAGACGGGCAAGGGAAAGAUGGCCAAGCGAAUCAAAAGCCUGUCCAGUUCGGCAAUUGCUGCGCUAAAAGAAGAGGUGGACAGCUCCGACGACGAGGAAACCAGCAAGAAGGGAGAGGGUCCCAUGUGGGCGCUUUUCGAUCACCUGUACAACGCACCGGGAACUUCCGAGCAUCCGGGAGUCACUGGUCCUCCCUUGGGGAACUCACUAUGGAAACUGCCUGUGCGCCGAUUCCACCCAGAAUACUUUGAGCUGAUCAAACGCCCCAUCUCGAUGAGCCAAGUCCACACGAAGCUGAAAAAGGGCGACUAUGCGAACAUCAGUGAUCUCACCGCCGACCUGUAUCUCAUGUUGGACAACGCCAAGAAGGCGUUUCCGCCAAGCCAUCGCACGCACAAGGAUGCGUUGAAAAUGCUGAAGUUAAUGAACGCGAAACUAGUGGAGGAAUCCCUCGUGGAGACGAGCGAUCUGGAUGAGGAAGACGCCGACGAUAUUGACGCCGAGGUGUUUAUAAGCUCACAGCCGGAGAGACGCAAGCCAGGCCGACCGCGCAUUAAUUCCAACUCCAACUCUUCUCACACGCCGAACAACUCGAAUUCACCGAAGAACAAUCGCAUUGCCAUCAAUGCGGCCAUUAAGAAGAAGAUCCUGAGCAUACAGAAAUACCUAGUGGACUACUCUUUGGGUAAUCGUCGGCCCAUCGAGAUGUUCAUGGAGAAGCCGCCACGAAAGGUUUAUCCAGACUAUUACGACAUCAUCCAGAAUCCCAUUGACAUGAACACAAUUGAGCACAACAUUCGAACCGAUCGCUAUGCCGCCGUGGAAGAUGUGGUUUCCGACUAUCGCCUCAUGUUUUCCAAUUGCCGGCAAUACAAUGAGGAAGGCUCCAACAUAUACGAGGAUGCCAACAUCCUGGAACGAGCACUGAACGAAAAACUCAAGGAGUUUCCGGGUCUUUCGGAGGUCAAAAAGCAGCAGCAGAAGUACAGCAAGGUGGGCAGGAAGCUGAAAACCGCUCUGAUUACGGAGCGCCUGUGGCAGUUCUACAGCACAGUGCGGGAGUACCAGGAGCCGAAGGGCAAGAGGCAGCUUUCGCUUAUCUUUACCAAGCUGCCGUCGAAGAGCGAGUAUCCGGACUACUACGACAUCAUUAAGGAGCCGAUAGACAUGGAGCGCAUUGCCCAGAAACUGAAACAGGGCGUUUACGAGAGCUUGGAUGACUUGGCUGCGGAUUUCCUCCUGAUGCUAGAGAAUGCCUGCAAGUACAACGAGCCGGACUCGCAGAUCUACAAGGAUGCGCUGAUGCUGCAGCAGCUAACACUGCAGCUGAAGCAGCAACUGCGCACGGAGCGAGACUCGCUUCCGGAUGUUCCGCUGGCCGUACAGGAGCUGUUCCUCACUUUGUUCACCACUCUGUACAACCACCAGGACGAGGAGGGUCGCUGCUACUCCGAUUCCCUGGCCGAACUGCCGGAGUACGAUGAGCUGGGCGAAGGGCCCAAGAUGCGCGGCAUAUCGCUGGAUCUUGUGAAGCGCAGGUUGGAUAAGGGAGCUUACAAGCGACUGGACGUCUACCAGGAGGACAUAUUUGCCUGCUUGGAGAGGGCAAGGAAGUUGUCGCGCACGGAUUCCGAUGUAUUUCAGGACUCCAUUGAGUUGCAGACUUACUUCAUCCGCAAGCGCGACGAGCUUUGCAAGGACACCCUAAGCUCACCCGCUCUCAAUUUCACGCUAGAGCGCCUCCUGGCCGACGUGGAGGUGAGUCGGCAGCAAAAGCUGCAACAGGAGGAACAGGACCAGGAGCAGGAAAAGGAUAAAGAUGAGUUCAACGCUGCUAAGGGCGAAAGCAUGACAAUAAACCAGCAGGUGUUCUCACCCGGCGAUUAUGUGUAUGUGCAGAUGCCGGAGAACAAGAUCCCAUCGAUAGCCUGCAUCGAACGCCUGUGGACAUCGCCCACGAACGAAAAACUAAUGCAGGCCUCGAUCUUUGUGCGUCCGCAUGAAACGUACCACGUGACCACUCGCAAGUUCCUCGAGAAGGAGGUUUUCAAGAGCAGUCUCUCGCAGACCAUAUCGAUGGACAAGGUGCUGGGCAUGUGCUAUGUGAUGAACAUCAAGGACUACAUCAAAAUGCGUCCCGAAAAGCUGCCCGAGAAGGAUGUGUUCGUUUGCGAGUCUCGCUACAAUAUCCAGGCUCGCUGCUUCAAGAAACUCAAGAACUGGCCGCCUGUGCGCGAGGGCAGCUCAGUAAAGUUUGUUCCGCGUGAGCAGCCAUUGGAGCUGAAGCGUGUGAUGUCCGUGUUUAAGGAGCGGCUGGAGAAGCACAAGGGCGAACUGGAGGAGCUUAAGCUCCAGGAGACCCUAGUUGAAAAGGAGAAGCCGAAUGUGUCCUGUGAUCCGCCGCCAAAUGCUGAGAACAGCUGCGUCUACUACCAGCAGUACAACACGGUUUGCAGCGGGGCCAUCAAAACGGGAGACUUUGUGUAUGUGGCUACGCAAACCGGAAAGCAGUCGGUGGCCCAAGUGCAGCAGAUUUGGGAGGAGAACGGAAAGUCAUACUUCAAGGGCCCUUGGCUUCUGCCGCCAAGUGAGACGACUCCCGGUCUGGGCAAGCAAUUCUAUCGGCAAGAGCUGCUGCUGAGCACCGUCGAGGAAGUCAGUCCGGUGGUGGGCAUUGUGGGUCGCUGCGCCGUCCUCGAGUACUCGGAAUUUAUUAGCUCGCGGCCCACCGAGAUUUCUGAGAGCGAUGUCUACAUCUGCGAGUCCGUCUACGAUGAGAUGAAGAAGGCUCUCCGCAAGCUGGUCUCCGGCAACCUGCGCAAGUUCCAUCACAGUUCCGCCGUCACCGAGGACGAGAUCUUCUACUUCAAGACUCCGAUUAAGCCCUCAAAGGAUGUUAAGAGCGAGAUUAACGAAUUGGGCAUGCUGGAGGACUCCAUGGAUGGGGAUACGCCGUCGCUCAGCUCAGACAUUGCACCAAUGUCUUCUCCCGCUCCUUCUGUGAACUCCACGCCACUGACGUCGAAGAUGAAGGCCGCCAAGUCGGCCAAGAAGUGCCUUACCGGCUACAUUCUCUACUCCAGUGAAGUGCGAAAAAGCAUUUGCCAGAGCAACCCGGAGGCCUCCUUCGGCGACAUUUCCCGCAUGGUGGGCACCGAGUGGAAGAAUCUCCCCUCCAGCGUGAAGCAAAGCUGGGAGGAUCGGGCCAGCCGGCAGAACGAGGAGACGGCGGCCAUGCGCCGCGAGUUGGACGACACCCACAAUAGCGCGAGUCCCUCGCCGCAAGUGUCGCAGGAUGCCACCGGGCAGGUGCUCACCUUCGAGUGUCAGUGGGACAAGUGCGACUUCCAGUUCGAGGAGCUGGGCGACUGCACAGAGCACUGCAUGUCCGAUGCCACCGGACACAUUCAGCGCCAUCCUCAGGCGGGCAUGGAGCUGGAGUACGUCUGCCUGUGGCGCAAUUGCCCACGGAUAAAGAAGUCAGUCCAGGCCUUUCCCAACGUACUGCGACUCAUCAAGCACGUGCGGGAGGUGCAUCUGAGCAAGUGCGGCAAACAGGUGGCGGUGUGCGACCGCAGCAAGAACUUCGUGCCGCGUCGCCAGAAGCACCAACAACUGGCCACAAUGGUGCCCAUUCCGCCAGGUCUCGCGCAAUCGCCCCGUGGUUCGAACAACUUGGAGGCCGUGCAGCUGCAGCAGCAGCAGCAGAACGUCCACCAGCAGCAGAUGCAGCAGCAGACGAUCGUCCUCGGUCCGCCGCCGGAACCGCUCUUCGUCACAGUGCCGCCGCGCACCACGCGCGUCAUCCACUCGGAGGCGUACAUCAAGUACAUCGAGAGCCUGCAGACGGGCAGCCACCUGAACGUGGCCACCUGCAACAACAACUGGCGGCGGGCGCUGACGCACGUCACCCCGGCCCAAGUGGUGGCCAAGGCACCGCUUCCGGAACAGUGGAUCGGACCGAAUCUGCGCGACCAGAACAACGUGGUGCAGGCACUGUGCCACCUGCGCAACUUCAUGGUGGACGAUGUGCUCCAGAUACGACGCAGCUGCAACUAGCCAAUAGAAAUCCUCUAAGCCCAAAGCGAUUCAAGUUCCAUGUUAAAAUACAACAGAAACAAAUUACACAAAAGUAAUCUGUAUUGAUUGGAGGCAGGGGUUGUGCUUUUGGUUAUGCCAAUAAAUUAUGUUAAGACUAAA